UUUCGCGUCGCACAAAGACUGUUCUGUGUGCAUCCGGAAUUUACAAUAUUCGCAAUCCACGCAGAAACAAAUCUAACCAAGUAUUCUGGCAAGACAAGAAAGUAAUUCAGUGAUUUAAACAUGUACUGCUCCAUAAAGGAACCGAAGCCGCACCAGCUAAUGACAUGUCCGUACAACAUGGCGCAUCAGGUGGAGCAUUACAGGAUGCACAUACACCUGCAGAAGUGCAGGAAACAGUACCCCCGGUGUGCUAAAAGCACGUGCCCCAUCAACGCCACGCACGUCGUCAAUGACGCGGAAUUGGACUUCCACGUGUCCUGCUGCCCCGAUCGGUUCCUCUUCGACACGCAGAAGUACAUCGUGGAAGACGACGUCCCGAAGCGGGAACUGCCGCCCAUCCCGGUCGUGGAGUGUGAGGAAAACUGGGAAACGGAGCAAGCGACGUCUUACGUUCCUGACCCAUCUGCCAGAGCUCACAUAAUUACUAAGGUGAAAGGCGCGACGCCUUCAGAGCGCCGUCGCGCUCGCCUCGAAGGGGUGAAGAACUACCGCCCCCUGAACUGAAGCCAUGGAGCUUCUUGCCG